GUGCGCGCGUCUCCGUGCGGAGGAUGCGCGCGCCCGAGGGGCUGCGGUCCCAUUGACUGUUCCGUCUCCCUGACAGCGGCGGCAUCGGCGGCACUGGUGCCUCAGCCAACCGAGAGAGCCGCGCGGAUUCGACGACUCACCGUCAGCCCGGCAUCAGCAUCAUCUCGAGCCGGACAAUAAACACAACGAUCCCGUUAUCGAGUAGCAUCCUCCGGAGUAGAUAUGGGCUACCGAUAACUGGAAAGAGGGGGUAGAGGCGGGAGGGCGGGCAGAGGGUGGUGGGAGACCGAGAGGAGAGAAUCAACUGUUUUAGGAAGGGAAGCACCAACGGCGGCCGCCCCGCCACCAUGAAAGGGUUGCAACGCUUGCGUGAGCCGCCGAUGCACCCGUGGACCAUGUCGUGAUUCACGGGCUUUAGAAGCUUUCGCAACGGAAACACGAGUCCGCCAAGGAACGGGGAAAACAUGUCGGCCUCGGUGGGGCCCCGCGGCGGCCCUCGCCCACCCACUGCGCCGCCCUCGAUGCCCGAGCUGCCGGACCUCAGCCACCUCACAGAGGAGGAGAGGAAGAUUAUCAUGGCUGUGAUGGUUCGGCAACGGGAGGAGGAGGCCAAGGAGCAGCAGGCCAUGAUCAAAGAGGAGAAGCCCAUACAAGCGAAAACAGUGAACCUGGUUGGGAACAAGAAACCUCCACAGCAGAAUGACAUCAGUAUGCACCAGCAGUUUGCCAGCUAUAAGGAGCAGGUGCGGCGGAUAGCGCAGGAGCCUCAGCAGAGGCAGCAGGGCCAGCACAAAGAUGAUGCACCCACCUGUGGCAUUUGCCACAAGACCAAGUUUGCUGACGGCUGUGGGAAUCUCUGUUCCUACUGCCAGACCAAGUUCUGUGCCCGCUGUGGAGGAAGGGUCUCUCUGCGCUCCAACAGUAAGGAAGAUAAGGUGAUGUGGGUAUGUAACAAGUGCCGUAAGCAGCAGGACAUCCUCACUAAUUCAGGGGAAUGGUUUGCGGAACAGGGGCCAAAAGCAAAGCCAGUGCCCUUGCAGACAGCCCUGAGUUUGCCAGCCACAUGUACAGAUCCUGCAGGAGACAAGAAAGUGCGCUCUAGGUCUCAGAUUCCACUUGGUUCCUCUGCUUCCACUGCCCAGGACAACCAGCUGCCCACCAACACAAACAAAGGCCCUGCUGCUGGACAGGCCGACAUGCCUUCAUCCCGAUCCCGCAGUGAACCUCCUCGAGAAAGGAAAAAGCAAUCGUUAACCUCAGACCAGAAUGGCAAGCCUGGGCCGAGAGCGGAGAGGCGCCGGGGACUGCCCAAACUCCAGUCGCAGCCUUCACAGGAGUGGGAUCCUGGGGACGCUCGUCGAGAGGUGCGCCGUCUGGUUAAGGCCCGAUCACAGGAACGGAGCUAUGCUGACCUGGAGGGAAGUGUGGGGGAGCUGAGAAGGACAGAGGGUGAGCAGAGGCCACCUCGAGAAGAACAACGAAGUGAAGCUAACCCUCCACAUCAUCCUGUCAAGGUCCAGCCGACAGAGCAGGAGAAACGUGCGCAUCCAAAAGCACCACGGCUCAGACAGGGGGAGACGAGCGGGCCUGAGAGGCAAGCUGGCGAGACGGGCACAGAGAAUAGAACAGGACGUAGGUGGGCAGACGAGCGCCAAACAUCUCUGGAGAGCAAGCAGCAAGGGGUUAUGGGGGAGAGGACCGUGGGGGGCACAAUAGGAUCUGCGGUGCAAGCUCCUAAACCUAACCACGCCUUUCAGCCACCUGCCCCAGGGUUCCGCGUGGGUCCUGCUGCUCCCACCGGAACCCCUGAACUCAGGGAGCCUCCUGAAAGGGACAGGAAGCUUCAGCCGAGCCACCUGGAGCCAAGCUCGGCUGGUGUGGCACGUAAGGCCAAGCGGGAAAAAGCUGAGAGCAUGCUGCGUAAUGACUCCCUCAGCUCCGACCAAUCAGAAUGCCUGCGGCCUCCCCCACCCCGCCCCUACAAGUCAAAGCGUGGAGGGAACAAGCGGCAAAUGUCAGUCAGUAGCUCCGAGGAGGAAGGUGGCUCUACGCCUGAGUACACUAGCUGUGAGGAUGGAGAGAUUGAGAGCAUCAGUGAGAGAGGGGACUGGGAGUGCUAUCCUCUGGAUCCCACUGUGUGGCAUCAUCCGGUUACGUGGCAGCCCUCCAAGGAAGGUGAUCAUUUAAUCGGCCGAAUUACUCUGUGCAAGCGCACGGCCAUGCCCAAAGAGGCUGGAGCACUACUGGGGCUAAAGGUGGUAGGGGGGAAGAUCACAGAAACAGGGAGACUUGGGGCCUUCAUCACCAAAGUUAAAAAAGGAAGCCUGGCGGACGUGGUGGGCCAUUUACGGGCAGGAGAUGAGGUGCUACAGUGGAAUGGUAAAUCAUUGCCUGGAUUAACCACCAAGGAGGUUUACAAUAUUAUCUUGGAUUCGCAAACAGAACCCCAAGUUGAAUUAGUCGUUUCAAGGCCCAUUGGUGAUAUACCCAGAAUACCAGAAACAUCACACCCUCCAUUAGAAUCUACAGGCUCAAGUUCCUUUGAAUCUCAGAAGAUGGAACGUCCCUCUAUAUCCGUCAUGUCCCCUUCCAGUCCCAGUGGUCUGAGAGAUGCUCCUCAGCUGCUCCCUGGACAGCUCUCGGUGAAAAUGUGGUAUGAUAAAGUCGGCCAUCAGCUGAUUGUGAACGUGCUGCAGGCCAAAGACCUGCCCUCCAGACCAGAUGGACGACCCAGGAACCCUUAUGUUAAAAUGUAUUUCCUUCCUGAUAGAAGUGAUAAAAGCAAACGAAGAACGAAGACAGUCAAAAAGAGUUUGGAGCCCAAGUGGAACCAGACGUUUGUGUACUCGCAUGUGCACCGGCGGGACUUCAGAGAGCACAUGCUGGAAAUCACAGUGUGGGACCAACCAAAAAUUCAGGAUGAGGAAAGCAGUUUCUUGGGAGAGAUUCUCAUUGAGCUGGAGACCGCUCUGCUAGACGAUAAGCCUCACUGGUACAAGCUGCAGACUCAUGAUGUGUCCUCUAUUCCACUGCCCCACCCCUCACCGUACCUGCCCCGAAGAAACACCCACAAUGACACGCCCACUAAAAAGCUGCAGCGCUCUCAGCGCAUCACAGAAUCAGAUUAUGAUGAUGGUAUUGGCGUAGUGGCUGCAGCUGCGGAAAGUCGACCCAGAGAAAAGGAGAGGGAACGAGGGAGAGAGAGGGAGAGGGAAAGAGAAAGGGAGAGAGAGAGGACUACACUGGAGGUUCCCGAGCAGCAGAGGUCGACACAUCAUCGCUCUCGCUCAGUAUCGCCUCACAGGGAAUCAGAGAGCAGAGCAAGAUCACGGCCUGCAAAUGUCCCCAUGCAGAGAAGUUUGGAUGAGGCACAGCAGAGCCGCAGGUCUCGUUCACCAACCCGCUACCAUGAGCAUGGUCGUGUACAGGAGAGAGAAUAUGUGGAUGACAGUGAGGUCAUCUUGAUACACAGAUCAAUGCGGGGUAGGAGCGCAGAGUGCCUGCACAUCACAAGUGAUCUGCAGCCCCCUCUUGACAGGGUUAGAAGUGCUAGUACCAACUGUCUGAGGCCAGAUUCAAAUUCCAAUUCACCUGAUCGAGAAAGGAGCACGCAGUCUCUCCCCCGCAUCAGACCCACCAGCCCCAGGAUCCUAAUCCAACACGCCUCCCCUGAGGAUGACAGCUGGAUUUUGGAGCCUAUUUUACCUACUCAGGAGACAGUAAACCACCUCAGUGCAAGGCCCGGGGCACAGAGGCAGCCAAGAAUUCUGGACAAGCCUAGCUGUCAGAAACCUGGCAAGAAAAAAUCAGACAGUGAUCGGGUUCAUCCACAUACCAACGCAGCAUACUCUUCAUCGGCAGGAACUUCCUCAUCAGCACGCAGAGGCCGACAGUUACCCCAAGUCCCCGCUAAAAGCAGUAGUGUAGAGCAAGCCCUUGCUUCAGAGGAGCGAACACGGCAAAUGAAGGUACAUUCCUACAGGACACCAGCUCCCUCCAGUACCAGCCAGGACCUGGAGAGGGUGCUCAAGAACAAACGAGAGCUUUAUAAAGAGCAGCGACGGAGCUGUGAUAAUGUAUCCCAUAAAUCCUCAGACAGUGAUGUCAGUGACGUGUCAGCCAUCUCUCGUGCCAGCAGUGCCUCACGGAUCAGUAGCACCAGCUACAUGUCCAUCCAAUCAGAGCGGCCCAGGGGUCGCUUCAGCCGCCAUGUUCGCCCGUCCAGCCAGAGCAUGAUGAAGAGUACGAGUGUGAGCGGUGAAAUCUUCACUCUGGAGCGAACAGACGGCAGCCAGUCAGACACGGCUCUGGGAACACUGGGGACAGGAGGGAAGAAGCGGCGUUCCAGUCUUAGCGCUCGUGUGGUGGCCAUUGUGGGUAUUCCUUCACGUCGCAGUAGGAGCACCUCUCAGCUCAGCCAAACAGAAGCAGCAAAUAAGAAGGCGAAAGGCUCGAGUCAGAUCCAGAGGAGUCAGGAGACAGGCAUGGCAGUGGAGUAUCCCCGGAAUGCAAUGGCUCGUCAGGCCAGUCGCGAGUCCACUGAUGGCAGCAUGAACAGCUACAGCUCUGAGGGGAAUCUGAUCUUCUCAGGGAUGAGGUUGGGGGCUGACAGCCAGUUCAGUGACUUCCUCGAUGGCCUUGGACCUGCACAGCUAGUGGGGAGGCAGACACUAGCAACACCAUCUAUGGGAGAUGUUCAGAUCGGCUUAAUGGAUAAAAAGGGGCAGUUAGAGGUGGAGGUGAUCAGGGCACGUGGCCUUACCCCCAAACCAGGAUCCAAAUCGCUGCCGGCUCCAUAUGUCAAGGUCUACUUGCUGGAUAAUGGAGCAUGCAAAGCCAAAAAGAAAACCAAGAUUGCACGAAAAACACUUGACCCAUUGUAUCAGCAGUCACUUCUGUUUGAGGAGAGUCCGCAGGGUAAAGUUCUGCAGGUAAUAGUGUGGGGCGACUAUGGACGCAUGGACCACAAAUGCUUCAUGGGAGUUGCACAGAUCCUUUUAGAAGAGCUGGACCUUUCUAGUACAGUGAUUGGCUGGUAUAAACUGUUUCCCCCAUCCUCAUUGGUGGACCCAACACUAGCUCCUCUCACUCGGCGUGCUUCCCAGUCAUCACUCGAUUCAGGGCCAACAGGCGUCAGGUCCUAGUGAACAGGACAGAGGACACGAGAUAAAAACAUGCCCGAAUAGAGCAAAGGCCCAUGGCAAAAAAUACAGCGCCAGAGGGGCAGCCAGGCAGACGGACAGCAUCACGAUCAAAGCUUUGCUGGAGCCUGACAAUCACUUCUUCUCUCUUUUAUUUUUGGCCUUUGGAUUGCUGAGAUUUCCCUUGAUCCACUCUGCUCCUUACUGCAUGUUCUGUUUGUUUUAGCCAUGUUGCUGAGAUGAUGAGCGAGCCCAAAUUAAAAGAGGGAAUGACGAGCAGCUGAAAGCAAUCCGAUGUGGCUGACAGAGAGAGAGAGAGAGGAGCCGACCGUGGUGCUGGUUGCCUGAGUGCUUCUUGCCAAUCAGUAACAUUUAGGAGCUGUUUUCUUACCUUAUAAGGAGUGUGUGAGAGUAUGUGAGACAGAGGUGUGAUGGUGGAUCGGUGAGAGUGAAGACAACGCUGCCUCUCCCUUGGCCUAAUUGUACAGGAAGCCUCUCUGCUGAGGAGAGGCCUGGGGUCAAGGGGUUGAAGGGCAAGGGUUCGUCUUCUCAGAGUCUCCCCGCCUCCUCAUAAACGCUGAGUGCAGGGCCUCUCCUCAUGUCAGUGUGUCACUGACUCAGAUCAGGUGUGUGUAAGAGGGGAGGCCAGCUUGAAAACCUUUGUCUGUUUACAGCAGUUAUGACUGACUGCUCUGCCUUUUUUACUUUCUCAUGUAUUUGUUACACACACACCUUGUAGAAUGUGAACACAUGGCUCAUUCUGACAGUUGUGUUGUAAAAGCUUAAAGGAAGAUGCAAAACCACACGCAGUACAAUACUGGGAGUGAGGUUUAUUUCAGCCUGGCCAGGAGAUUAGAAUGGCCAACUGAUAUAAAUACACUAAUACUUCUGGCCUCCCAGGUUACUGGCCCUCAGAUAUACUUUGAGCUCUUGAGAGUAAAUAGAGAACUGGUCACUAUGGACAGGCACCGUGCACAUAGGUAGUAGCCAGUCAUGUUAUUUGACUUAGUUCAUUCUGUUUUUGGGACCUACCCAUGAAACUGAAUUUCUAUCCAAGUAGAGUUAUUUUGAAGCAAGCACAAAUGCUUGAUUUUUUUAAACGAAAUUUUAAAGAAGAUUAUAACACCCAAAUUAUCAUCAGCUAUUUUUGCAUUUUUUAUUUUGUGGUAGUUUAAGUUUAAAAACAAAAAUAAUAAUAAUAAUAAUAAAUUAAUAAAGAAAUCAAGUUCUCUUCCCGAGCAUCUGGACGAACGUGAUAGUAAGUGAGAGGUGGUUUAGGAGAUGGCCUGUGAUGGUGACCUCCCAAAACUUGCCACCUUCUCUUCCCAACAUGGGCAACAGCAUGACUCUGGAACCGUUCCAAGCUGCAUGCACAUUUUGUAAAACAAGACAGAUGAGAAAAAAGAGACUAAAAUAAAUGUGUGUUAGUUCCACAUACUGUAGGCCAGCUUGUAUGUUGCAUGUACUUGUACAGUUUGCUCGUACUUGAUAUUAAUAGAUUAACCAAUAAAAUGAAGCCAUUCAUUCCAUGUGUGGGCAUUUGGCCAAGUUCAGCCAUGCACACAGCCCUCAUUUUGGGGCAGAAUGUCUAUGAGGAGUUUUUGAAUUGUUUUCUCUGUUUUUUUUUUUUUUGUUUGUUUGUUUUUACCCUAUGAAUAAAUAAGUUCUGUACUGUAGUACUGAGCAAACAUGAGGCCCUCAUUUGUUUUAAAAUUUAUUUAUUUUUUUUUUUUACUGCAGAUGUUGGUGUUCUCCGUAGUCUACUACUGUGGGGCUAGAACUAAGCUAGAUAAUGUGUAUAAAACCAGAGCUAUCUAUAUAUGGAAAAUUAUUAUGAUAUAUGAAAAUUAAAACUAUAUAUAUAUAUAUAUAUAUAUAUAUAUAUAUAUAUAUAUAUAUAUAUAUAGACACACAAACACAUAUAAAUAUAUUUAAGAAAGAGUGUAUCCAAGUAAAUGUUGCAAACAACAAUGCACAUACUGUAAAUAUGAGUCUGCUUUAAGGUUUACUUAUAUUUACAAAGUGGCCCUGUUGAAAUAGAUUAAUGCUCUGUCUCCUGGCUCCAUUGAAUGGAACAAAGGCUAAGAAAGGACACCUCCAGAGGUUCUGGUUCUUUCAGAUAUAUGUGGCUAUAAAAUAAUCAAUAUAAUUGGGACCUCUGCUUAUCUGUUACAGCAUUAGAACAAAGUCCAUGAGAUCCUGUUUUGAUAAAAAAAAUAGAUAAAAAAAGUUUACUUUUCAUGUCCGUUACGGCAGACUUCUUUCCUUUGUCAGUAUUACUCAAGGAUACUGAUUGUUUACAAUUCAUGUGUCCCACUGAAACAGAAUAGAAAGUAUUCACUGCAACAUUUCUUGUUUGUACAACAGAUGUUACUCAAAUGAUGUGUAUGUUUUAUAUUCAAGAGUUCAUUUUUAUUAUUUACAAAUAAAAGACUGUGUGGAAAAACAGUGAA